AUGGAGUGCGACAUCUGCUUUCGGGGCUACGAUGCCAAACGUCUGCCCUUUCUCUGUGCCGUGGACGCCCGCAACCAAAUCUACCAAGGACGUAUCAACACGCUGCAGCUUCUCUUUGAGAAUGAGAAGCUGCAAAACGACGUGGACCAUGUCCUGACCGACUCGACCAAGCCCACCAAGGACGCCUUGGACUUGGUUCUCGCACAGCAGCGUCUGGCAGAAGACCGGACAGACCAGAUCCUCGCAGCGGCGGAUAAACUCCGAGAGGAAAUCCAGGCUGCCCGGGACGAGGUCAAGGCGAGAAAGUCGGCCCUCGCACGCCGCAAGUCGGACCUGGCCUCGGUUUCAGAUGGGCUGCUGGAGCGCAGGGCGAGGCAGCAGCACGAGGUGGACAAGUCAACUCAGAUGCUCCGCUUCCGAUGGUCGCAAAGCGCCCAGGACUUGGCCCGCACUCGCGCUUUCCUGUGCAAUGAAGCCGUCAGGCUGUACGGGCUGAAGCGUACCAAGAAGGGAUCCACGGGGCGCUACGACUAUCACAUCGGCAGGGUCCCGGUGGUGGACUUGACAAGCAUGGACAUCCUCUCCCCCGAAGCCAUCUCUACAUCCCUGGCACAUGUGGCGCACAUUCUCAUGCUCGUCUCUCAUUACCUCGCCAUCCGCCUCCCAGCAGAAAUCACCCUCCCUCAUCGCGAUUUUCCCCAGCCAACCAUCUUCAACCUGGCUGGCUCAUAUCAGCAUGGGCCCGUCGCAUUUCCCAAUGGCUCCAACAUAACGCCGUCCUUGCAAACCCAUGAUCCCGACUCCCACCACGUCCCCCGGCCCCGUCCUCUCUUUGUCGACAAACCAUUGCCUCAGUUAUCCAAGGAAGAUCCCGCGACGUAUUCCUUCUUCCUGGAAGGGGUAACCUUGUUAGCGUACGACAUUGCCUGGCUCUGCAGCACCCAGGGCGUUUCUAUUGGCGACAAGGGAUCGUUCGAGGACAUGUGUCACAUGGGUCGAAACCUGUACAACCUGCUCCUCGGCGCACAGAUGCAGGGCUACACUAAUCUCUCUGUCAAGGCCGUCGGCAGGAGAGACUUGACGCAAGACGAAGCUGCCGACAACUGGAUCGGUCGAUACUCCCACGGCUCCAUGUACUACUACCUCGGCGGCGUCGAAGGCACCGAAUUUAUCCGAAGGUUCAAGCUUCCCAGCCCCAUGAAGCUUGCCGACCGGCUCAAGAAGAAGCUUCUCGGCGAUGCCCAUGCUGCCGACUGGGAGGUCCUCGACGAUGACGCCUGGAGGGUGGAUGAGGUUCCCAACGACGCGGGCGGAGGAGCAAAGGGGUCAAACGGCUGGACAAAAGUCAAACAUAGAACGUGA